GCUGUACGCUCAUUCGUGUCCCGGUGAAGUGAGGGUGUGGUGGAAAGGACGCGGCUGUGUGCCGGGGCGUACAAACAUUGGUUGUACGCAAGUGGUCGUGGUAGGUGACAUCGCGUAGACUGUUAAAAGACAUUCUCAAGUCCUGAUUAGUCGGGAAACACAGAAGAAGGCAGUGAUGUCGAAGACCAAUCACAUUUCAGCCUAAAGCGUGGUGUCUUCAUUGUGAUGGUAAAGUGAAGUUGUAUUCGACGGAAAGCUCAAGUCUUCUGAGGAUCAACAUCUUUGGGAAGGAUGGAAUCUGGACAGCUAUCCUCCAAUCUCCUGAAAUGGCUGGAAACAUUUCAUGCUGGAAAAAAUGCCACAAAACCUGAAGAUAUCAGUGAUGGCGUUAUCAUAGCGACAGUGCUCCAUGAAAUCGAGCCGCUGUGGUUCGACGACGCCUGGCUGGGAAAGAUCAAGACGGACGCCGGCGGCAACUGGCGACUCAAGGUCAGCAACCUGAAGAAGGUGACCCAGGGGAUCAACGACUACCUCGCCGACAGUCUGGAGCUGAACAUCGCCCACCUCACGCAGCCCGACGUCAACAAGCUGGGUGAGUAGCGGCCGCGCGCCCGCGGU